GUUUCUUUAGAAAAUAUUUUUUGACUUUUUAGUUUUUGGUAAACCAGAUUUUAGAGGAUGUCAGAAAGAAGCAAUAGAGUGUGCUUUAAGGGGUAUUUUUGGACUAUAUUAUUUCUUUUUGACAAAAGAUGAUUAGGAGAAGAUAUUUUUAUUAUUGCACCCACUGGAAUGGGCAAAAGUUUAUGUUAUCAAUUGCCAGCAAUUGUUGUUGAUCAUGGCGUUACAAUUGUUGUUUCACCACUACUUGCAUUAAUGAAUAAUCAAGUGGACAUUCUAUGUGCGAAAAAUUUACCAGCAGCAACAUUAAACUCUACUACUUCUAUAGAAAACAGAAAACGGAUUUUAGAGGAUUUAGCAUGUGGACAUCCUCAAGUUAGACUUCUUUAUGUAACCCCAGAGCUUCUUUCAACAGAAAAUUUUAGAAAUAAACUACUUAAUGUUUAUCAACAUGGAGAGUUACAUAGAUUCGUCAUUGAUGAAGCCCAUUGUGUUUCUGAGUGGGGACACGACUUUAGAAAAGAUUAUAAAUUGCUAUCAUUUUUAAGAAAGAAAUACCCAAAAAUACCUAUUAUGGCUUUGACUGCUACAGCUACUGAAAAAGUUAGAUUAGAUAUUGCUAAAAUAUUAGGACUUCCAGCGCCACCUACGCUUAAAGUUUUUAUAGAGCCAUUUUCUAGAAAAAACUUGCAUUUCGAAGUACGUUUUAAAUCAGAUGGAAAAGAUCAUUAUGAAGAUUUUCGUAAAUUUAUACUUUCAGUUUAUGCUAGAAAAAAAAAAAGAUUAUUUCUUGAAAAUAAAAAUUUUAUUGAUCAGAAUGGUGGGAACUAUGAUAUACCCGUCUCCAUUUGUGGAAUAAUAUAUGCUAAAAAAAGAGGUACAUGUGAAGAAGUUGCUGAAAGACUUAAAAAUGAUGGCAUUAAUGCUCAAUCAUAUCAUGCAGGAUUGUCCUCUACAAUGCGUGAUAAAACUAUGAAGCUUUGGUAUGAAGGAAAAAUAGAUAUAAUUGUAGCAACUAUUGCAUUUGGGAUGGGAGUUGAUAAAGAAGAUGUACGGUUUGUGGUGCAUUGGGAUAUGUCAAAAAGUAUGGAAGCAUAUUAUCAAGAAGCAGGUCGUGCAGGAAGAGAUAAUAAAACAAGUCGUUGUAUAUUGUAUUAUUCAAGAGAAGAUCGUGACAAAACUCGAUAUAUUUUGCAUCAGGAGAAAGAGCAAAAAAAACGAAAAAGGGAAUCAGAAGGAAAUGAUCUUUCUAAUAUAAAUAGUUUUGAAAUGCUAGUAAAAUAUUGUGAGAAUGUAACAAAGUGUAGACAUUUAUUUUUAGUUGAAUAUUUCAGUGAAACAAUUUCAGAAAAUUCAAAUAAUCAAUAUUGUAUUAAAUCGUGUGAUAUAUGUAAAAAUCCUGAAAAAGUAAAAAUUAAUAAAAUUUCAGAAUUAACAGAAGAGUCAUCUUUUGAUCAAUUCCAGUCUUUACCUUCAACACCAGAAAGAUAUCCAGAAGACAACGUAUUAGGAAUUUUAAACACUUGUAAAAGAAAUAGUAGAUAUGAUAGAAUUAAUUCAGAAAGUGAUGAAGAAAUACCUAUAGAUCUAACUUCUUCACAAUUUAAAAAGUCAAAUAUUGUUGACGAAGUUUUACAUAAAAAAAAAGAAAAUGAAUAUAGAGCAUGGUUAUUUGGGAAAAAAAUUCCUUCUAAUAAUUUUAUUAUUUCUGAAAAUAAAGAAAAUCACAAAGUUAUUAAUGAAUUUGAAUUUGAAUCUGAAGUAUAUAAAGAACUUUUAUCAAAGCUUACAUGUGCAUUAUCGACAAAAAUUGACAUUCAUAUAAGAAUAACUUUUUAUAAACAUAUAAAAUCCUCACUUUCUGAAACAAUUAAUGAUGAUUCUUCAAAUUAUAAAUCAGACAUGUGGAAUGCUUUAAAUGCAUCGUAUUUAACAAAAACAGAAAAAAUUCAAGUUGUCGAUAUGGUUGCAAUAGAUAUUGAGGCAACUACUUUUCUUAAAAGCUGUACAACAAAUUUUUAUCAUAAUGUUGCUGUUCAUAAGCUUAGAGAUGCAAAACUAUGUACUCUUGGAAAGUUUUCACCAACUAAUGAAGUAUGGCAAGCUUUAAUAUCUGCUGUUAAAAAUAUUAACUAA